GGUCAGCGCACUCCUGUUCCCUAUCCCGCGCAGAAGAUCAGAUAUCCCUCUAUUGAUAGUGUCAUUUCGCAUGUCUUGCUUUUGUUUUGAUUCUCCAUCUAAUUCAUCUGUAUCAGCGCAGCAGGUAGUGGAGUUUGUUAUAUUUGUCUUUGUGGAUGUUCGUUGAUAGACAAAGAUUUGCAAUUCAUCUUUCCAUGAUUGUAGUUUGAAUUUACAUUUUCAUUCUUUUACAACCUCUGCUCCACGACCAAAAAAAAACGAAAAAAAUGUAUCGUUCGCGUCCGGACACUGCGCAGGGCUCCGCUCAGACCGAGCAGGAAGCCCGUUCCCAUGCGGAACAGACUGCAGAGAGGGAAGACAAUGUUCCCCGCAGUAUGAGGAAAACCCUUGGGGGGCGGAAGCAGGAUGCUGCGUUUCGAAAAGCUAUGCAGAAAGCAGUAAAAGCUGAUCGGAAGUCUGGAGGUUUAGUUCGUGGAAUGGACUACGAUGUAGAGGCGAUGGGUGAUGGAGGAAUGCCUGGUGGAUCUGGUUUAGAGGAAGAAGAGGAGUCUUCAGAUGAAGGAGAAGAUGGUAACGAGGAUGGUCACGACAAUGGAGAAGUAGAUGGUGAAGAAGAUUCAGGGUCGUGUGGUUCCGAAGAUGGAGACGAGGAUCAACCUGCUACCUGCAAGAAGUCUGUUGGGGCUAAAAAGCAGGACGCGACCUACUACAUCCCGUUCCUGCCCAAAGAUCUUGGCGAUUCAGUAGAGGAAUGCGAAGAGCGUAAGAAGAAGGUCGAGAGCAAGCUGAUGCAGCAGUUGAAAGCAUGGGCUAUCGACAUGAACUGCGAUCAUGCUAAAGCCGUACGUGCCAUGUAUUUCGCUUGGCAUCCAGACAAACAGGUAGGGAGAGUCUGGCAUCCGUUUUGCACAGACAUUUUCCAAUCCAUACAAGCGGAAGUGAGGCGACUGCAAGCUGAACGGGAAAGGCGGAUGGCGAAGUUUGAACAGGCAAAACGUGCAAGAGCAGACAAGAAACAAGAGAAAUUCGCUGAUAAACAAGUGCGACGUGAAAGGCAUGAAAGGCGGGUAGCGAAGACUACAGGCCAAGAAGGAGGCGUGGAUAUGAGUAUUCCGACGAAAGCUACAACUAAGUCUGAGACCUCCGAAGCUCUUUCUGACGAUGCUGAAGGACCUACAUCCUGUGACGCGACGCCGAGUACGACUUCUUCCUUGAAACAGGAAUCUACGGAGCAGGAUAUCAAAAAGUCUGUUCGUUUUUCUGCGACAACCGAAGAGCAUCCGAUCGAAGCCCGAGCCGCGGACGAAGACAGCGAGGAAGAGGAAGACGACUCCUCGGAUGACGACGAUUGUCCCGAUCUAGUCACAGUAGAAACACCAAGAGUCCAGCCUCCAGCAAGAUCUCAUUUCUCUUUGACCAGAUUUGGAGACUCUGCUUCCUCAACAAGCUUUCUCCUCUUUGGCGGUGAAGCAGCUAAUGGCGAAGACGACAAAAUCGCUUUUCACAAGGAUGUUUUCACACUCUCAGCUGGUGGCGCGUCUGCUUCUUCUGGAGCAGCAGCAAAAUUUUCUGAGCUAGAACUCUCAAGCGCAUCGACAGAGGGCCCUUGUGCGCGUUCUGCACACCAGUCUGCUCCAGUCGGCGAAAACGGUGUUCUGGUCUUUGGCGGUGAGUGGGCAUCUGCGGAUGGCCGUAGGUUUCGUCAAUUCGACGACACUUGGCAUUUUGACAAUGCUACCAAUUCGUGGACCAAACUUAUCCUAGUAGGCGAUGAUGCACCCUGUGCACGAUCAGGGCACCGCAUGGUAGUGUUGGGGGAGAAAGUGUUUUUGUUUGGCGGGUUUGCGGAACAGAAGAACGGAAAUGUCAAAUAUCUGAGCGAUUUUUAUGGCGGGGAAUUGCAAUAUACGGCACCUGGAGGAAAUGGUGGAAACAAGAAAAAUAGAAAGAUUGGAGGGCAAGCUGAUGCCGUAGCUUCGGGUGAUGGAGGUAAUUUUUCGUAUUAGACUGUGAAUUGCAGUGUUACUGAUCAUUCUACUUGUUACUUAAAUUGCCUCGUGCACCCAUCAUUUUACCUAGGAUUUUUUUCUUUCAACGAAGGACUAUUAUAUCACGCAGUCACACAUGCUUACUGAAAAUUGAACCUUCCAAACAGCCGCCAAAAAACUCACCGGUAUCAAGUGGGUCCGAGACAAGCGACAGAAAAUUGCUAAGCCCGCUGCUCGUGCCGGCUUCUCUAUGUGGACCAGAGGGACGAACGAACUCUACAUCUUUGGUGGUUCCUGUACUGGCGCUAAGGGGGAUCUCAAAGUCCUCACUGAUCUCUGGAUGUUCAACACUGAGACUCUAGAAUGGUCAGAAGUGAAAACGACUGGCCUCCCGGACGCUUUCUCUGUGGCAAGAGAAAUCUGCGAUGCUGCACCUGCUAGUCCCAAUGGGAGUGGUAAAGAAGGCGGCGCGCCAGUAUCAAAAAGUGCCAAGAAAAAAGCUAAGAAGAAAGCUAAGGCUGCUGGAAAUGCUGGUGGCGGUGGUGAUGAUGGAGCAAAGGCAGAUGCUGAGGAGGCAGCUGAAGAGAAAGCAACUGCAGAAACUAGCACUGCAACUGAAGAAGCAUCUAAUGCCUCAGAAAACACCGCUCCCAAAGUUCGCAUUGAACGGAAAUUUGUCCCACGUUCUGGCAUCAGUUGUGCUCCGUGCGGUGACAAUCGCGUCCUGUUUUUUGGCGGAGUCUCCGAUGUCGUCCAAGACAAGGGUGAUGCCAAAAAGAACGGUCUUGCAGUGUUUCACUCCGACGUUGUCAUGUUAGAUAUGGAAACGUUGACGUGGAGCAUCUUCUACUCCCCUUAUUCGCUAUUGGAGGCUUCGAUGGAAGAAGAGGAAGGACCGCCUUCUUCAAUUGCAUUGGGUGAUGGUGAGGCGAAGACUAGCGAUAAUAGUUGUACACAGGAGCAGCUGAACAAAGAUGUCCUCAAGAAUCAACAGCUGGCUUUAGUUAGGGAUGCGAAAUUGUCAGAUGAAACCGGUGGUGUCGAUUUGGUGAAGUUGUUACUGGGGAAUGCUGGACAGUCUGCAGACCAACAAGAUACCAAUUCUCAAUCUUCCUCUUCUCCUCGUGCAACAACAACACCCCGCUUCCCCCGCGGUCGCAUAGGUGCGCAAGCAGUUGUCGCAGAAGAAAAGCUGUUUGUUUUCGGUGGCACUUAUGAAGUGGGACCAAGAAGAGAAUGCGCUUUGGAUGACCUGUGGUCUUUGAGUUUGGUCAACAAACAAGCCAACAACAAGAAUCUCCCUGAAGGUUGGAAAUGCGAAUUACGUUUCAGUAGAGAGAAGGAAGAGGCUGAACUAGAAGAAAUUGAGGAGGAGAUGGCGGCAGAGGAGCGGGAAAACCGGGAAAAAGCUGGAGAUCGAGCAAUUCAAGCUUUGAUGCAUUCGCUGAAGAGUGGCGGAAAUAAGAGUAGUUGUAGUUCUUCUUCCUGUGGCACGAACAAAGGUGGGACAAAAACUACAGAGAAAGCCAAAACAUCUAAGAAGGAACCAACUGCAAGCUCUACCACAGAUCAAAUGCAACAAUCUUUAGUUGCUGUCGCACUUCCAGCAUCAGAUGCACCUGCUGCUCCAGCACCAACACCACAGGCUCCUCCCCGCCAACUCAAGCCCACUCCCUCCACAGUCCGCGAAGCCCAAGAGAACGCUGAAGAUUGUAACGUUGUAGCUCUAGUCGAUGUAGCAGAUCCCAGUCAAUUGAGUAAAAAAGAGCGCCAAAAAUGGGAAAAGAAACAACGAAGCGAAGUGAAGGCCGUAAAGCAGAUGGAGAAAGCCGCUAAGAAGGAUCAGAAGAAAGAGGCGAAGAAGGAUCAACAGAGGAAAAAUGCGAAGGGAGGCGACGAAUGAGUCAAUAUCAUAACGCCCGAAUUGAUUUGUAUCAGACAAUACCUUCCAAGGAUGCUUUUCCCACCCCAGCGUACCUGCCACGCAACCCCCUUGUUAUUUCCUGAUCUGUAAGACGGAAUACUGCAGCUGCAGCAAGUACUAGAAACAGCAAUCUAUGUAUAAGUCACGGUAUCGGGUGGUCCGCUACGAUGCUUGCCUGUGUUUGAUCCAUAAAAGACUGCUUUUAUCUGGCGAAACGAAAAUCGAGGUAAUCUUUUUCUUCUUUGGUAUCAAUUUGAAAAUAGAGAGCUGCCAUGAGGAACGAGAACUGAGUCGCUUCCUGUACUUGCUUUCAACUGUGAAUCUCGUCGCGCAUGC